AAGGGGCGCCCGCGCCGCCGCCACCAUGAAGAAGCAAUUCAAUCGCAUGCGCCAGCUCGCCAACCAGACCGUGGGCAGGGCUGAGAAGACAGAGGUGCUGAGCGAAGAUCUCCUGCAGGUGGAGAAGCGUCUGGAGCUGGUGAAGCAGGUGUCCCACAGCACCCACAAGAAGCUGACGGCGUGCCUGCAAGGCCAGCAGGGCGUGGAUGCCGACAAGCGCUCGAAGAAGCUGCCGCUGACGACGCUGGCGCAGUGCCUGACGGAGGGCUCGGCCGUGCUGGGCGAUGACUCCCUGCUGGGGAAGAUGCUGCGGCUGUGCGGGGAGGCGGAGGACAAGCUGGCGCAGGAGCUCAUCCAAUUCGAGCUGCAGGUGGAGAGGGACGUCAUCGAGCCGCUCUUCGUGCUGGCUGAGGUGGAAAUCCCAAAUAUCCAGAAGCAGAGGAAGCACUUAGCGAAGCUGGUGCUGGACAUGGACUCCUCGAGGACGAGGUGGCAGCAGUCUGCAAAGUCCUCGGGGCUGUCGAGCAACCUGCAGCCGUCGGGUGCCAAAGCCGAUGCUCUCAGGGAGGAGAUGGAGGAGGCAGCGAACAGAGUGGAGAUUUGCAGGGACCAGCUCUCGGCUGACAUGUACAGUUUCGUGGCCAAAGAAAUAGACUAUGCAAACUACUUCCAAACGCUGAUCGAGGUGCAAGCUGAGUACCACAGGAAGUCACUGGCACUUUUGCAGAGCGUGCUGCCUCAGAUCAAGGCCCAGCAGGAAGCGUGGAUGGAGAAGCCAUCCUUUGGGAAGCCACUGGAGGAGCACCUGGCUGUCAGCGGGCGCGAGAUCGCCUUCCCAGUGGAGGCCUGUGUCACCAUGCUGCUGGAGUGUGGCAUGCAGGAGGAGGGCCUGUUCCGUGUGGCUCCCUCUGCCUCCAAGCUGAAGAAGCUGAAGGCUGCCCUGGACUGCUGCGUGGUGGACGUGCAGGAGUACUCAGCUGACCCGCAUGCCAUUGCAGGAGCACUCAAGUCCUACCUGCGCGAGCUGCCAGAGCCACUGAUGACAUUCGAGCUGUACGAGGAGUGGAUCCAGGCCUCCAACAUCCCAGAGCAGGAGAAGAGGCUGCAGGCCUUAUGGAAUGCUUGCGAGAAGCUGCCCAAGGCCAACUACAACAACAUCAGGUACCUGAUCAAAUUCCUGGCCAAGUUGACUGAGUACCAGGACAUGAACAAAAUGACGCCGAGCAACGUGGCCAUCGUGCUGGGUCCCAACCUUCUGUGGCCACAGGCAGAAGGGAAUAUCACGGAGAUGAUGACGACCGUCUCCCUGCAGAUUGUGGGCAUCAUUGAGCCACUCAUCCAGCAUGCUGACUGGUUCUUUCCUGGAG